CAUGCACCUUUUUGAUGACAUUUUAUUUCACAUUUGCUAUAAAGAGCUCUAAAAAUCAAAGCAAUAGCUCCCAAGCACGUCUGUGAGAGCCUGAAACACUCUUUUCCUCUCUUCAACUUUUAGCCGGUUUGAGCUUUCGACUUACAAGAGUUUUAAGGCCUUACUGAGCUUACUCACACAGUCACCGAUCAUAGAUGCCGUCUGAUAUUCUGCAGGAGUUUUAGUCGAAUUACUUCAGAAUUUAGAAUUUGGGGUCAUGGGUGGCCAACCACAUGUGCUAGUCAUACCAUUUCCAGCACAGGGCCAUGUUGCCCCACUUAUGAAGUUUUCUCACUUUAUUGUUGAUCAUGGGAUCAAGGUCACAUUUGUUAGCCCUGAGUUCAUACAUGAAAGAUUAAAAACUACAAUGCCAAUGAAGAGCCCAAUAAGGCUAGUCUCAUUCCCAGAUGGUCUAGAACCCGGCGAUGAUCGAAAUGAUACUAUUAAGCUGAUCAAUAGUUUUCUAGAAGUUAUGCCAGGUCAUUUCAAGAACUUGAUUGAGAAAAUUAACGAGUCUGAUGAUGAGCGUAUCAGUUGUGUCAUUAUUGAUGGAAUGGUUGUGCCCGCACUCGAAGUAGCUGAGAAGAUGGGAAUUAAAAUGGCUAUAUUUUGUCCUGCUGGACCAGCAACCUUGGCCAUCAUACUAAGUAUACCAAAGCUUAUUCAGGAUGGAAUUAUAGAUACUCAAGGAGCUCCAUUAAAAAAUGAGUUGAUUUGGCUGUCAAAGGAAAUCCCUGAAUGGACAAGCACAAAGUUGCCAUGGAGCUGCCCUGGAGACUUAGAGUGUCAAGAAUUUUUAUUUGGACACGUUUUCAGGAUGAACCAUUUUGUCAAACAAUGCAACUGGCUUCUCUGCAACUCAUUCUAUGAACUUGACUCAUUGGCCUUAAAUUUAAUUCCUGAAAUCAUGCCUGUUGGCCCAUUACUUUUGGCCAAUCAAUCAGGCAGUCAUAUUGGAAGCUUUUGGCCAGAGGAUUCAACUUGCCUAAGUUGGCUUGAUAAACAACCUGUGGAUUCAGUCAUUUAUGCUUCCUUUGGCAGCACAUCAACCUUCGACCAACAACAAUUGGAUGAACUUGCACUUGGACUUGAAAACAUAGGCCAACCAUUUUUGUGGGUUUUUCGGUCAGAUAUCAUCAAUGAAGCACUUUCUAAAUUCCUGGAUGGGUUUAGAACAAGAAUAGCUGAUCGUGGAAUGAUUGUUAAUUGGGCUCCUCAAGAGCAAGUGCUAGCUCACCCUUCUACUGCAUGUUUUCUAAGCCAUUGUGGAUGGAAUUCAACCUUGGAGGGUAUAAGCAUGGGAGUCCCAUUUCUAUGUUGGCCUUACUUUACAGAUCAAUUCCAAAAUAAGAGUUACAUAUGUGAUGUUUGGAAGGUUGGUUUAGGGUUGAACCCAGAUGAAAAUGGGAUUAUCACCAGGCAUGAAAUCAACACAAAGAUAAAAACAUUGCUCUUUGAUGAUGGUAUAAAAACAAGUGCAUUGAAGCUGAAGGAGAUGGCUAAAAAGAGUGUUACCGAAGGUGGAUCUUCUUUUAAGAAUUUUAAAAGCUUUAUUGAACAAAUAAAGCAUUAAGAUGUUUUUAGAGUGUUUAUGUUUUAUUGCUUCUAUGUCUAUCAAAGUAUGCAAUUUCAUUUAAGUUUUAUUGCUAAAAAAUGAAGAUGUGAACAGGUGUUUAAAGAUUUGAAUUGCCAUAAUGCCUUGCAAAGUUGGCAUCAUGAAUUGCAAUUAGCCAUAAUUUUGUUUAAGCUUAAUUAACCUGCUUAUUGAAUAUUU